AUGCACCUCACCAUCCUCUUCUCCGCCAACUACCCCCGAACACCCCCGAACAACCGCAUGGACUCUAAAGUGACACAUCCAAAUAUCAAGUCUGAAGAUAUGGGCCAUACAUGUGCUUCCAUCUUGGAUACGCAAAUGGGUUAUACCAGCGCGUACACGUUGAAGGGCAUUGCCAUUCAGCUGUCGAAUUUCUAUUCGAGUGACAGGAUACAAGUCGAGGAUGUCGUCAAUGAGUACAAUGUCAUCCGGACUCGUGAGUUGAGGUGCUUUUGCCUGAAGAAGGAUUUUUUGGAGGCUAAGCUAGGGAUUGGUGUCAACACUUCGAAAGAGGAAAAGGGGAAUAUGGAUUGGGUUGUGUCGGAAUUUGAUAUCCUCUCUGAUGUAGCGUUCGAUCUUGAGCUCGAGCAAAUAACCUACAGAUCCCCCGUCUACCCGUACGAAGAAACGGCAAAGAGGACACUGACCUACGCCUCCGAGAAAGCCAUCGAAAGCUACUUCCACGUCUUCCAUCUAUUGGUCUGCAUCGCUCGCGAAGAGCCCGAGAUAGUGAAAUUCGCCAACGAGCUCUUGUUCUCGGCCGAAGAGGGCAACGUGGACAAGAGGCACAUCAGCAACAUCGGGCAUUUCAUGAUCGCCACUCUCCUCGCCGACAUCGAUACCUCUGCCCGGCUGACGCAAGCCGUCAUCACGGAAGUCAUCACCAGGAACACGAUCCGCGUGCUGCAGCAGAACUCCGAACUAGCUUACGGGGAACCAACUGCCGUCUCGGAUUACCGGCUGCAGAAAACGUUCGACGCAUCCAAGACCUCCUACCGCCUGCUCAUGUUCAUCCACAUCUUCCGGGGGACCGCGCUCGGCUCCGAAGAAACCACUGUCCAAACUCCGCGACAACGCCUUCGCGCGGAGAUCAGCCAGGUGGACUCGUUCCGGGACUUCUUGGCGAUCAUGGACAUUCCGGGCACGACCAAGGCGAGAUUCACGGGCUUUCUGAGGGAGAGGAUGCAAGCGGCGGUUGCGAAGGGGUAUGUAAGUAUCCCGUUUACGCAGCAGCAGGCUAUGUAUUUGCGCAAGGAGAAGGAGCCCGGGGUGGAAGUUAGGCCGCGAAUCUUGUUCAUACCGGCGCCAAAGCCGGGGAAGGAUGAUCACAGGUUCGGCAGGGGCCAGAGGCUGCUUGUAGACUUGUAA